GCAAGGGGAGAGCUAGUGAAAGAGGGAAGAGCUAUGAAAACGCAAGGGAGAAGGGGAAAUCACAGCAGCACAGAGAAGAGAGCAAACAAGAAGGAGAGGAGGCAUGAGUGGAGGAGAGAGUGCUGAUCAGUGAGAUCUCCAGAGAGGGAAAGGAGAGAGGAAAGGGAGGAGAUGAACAGGGAGAGGCGGGUGAGCAGCCAGUACAGGGAACAUCCAUCAGCUCAGGCAGCCAUGCUCUGAGCCUUGGAGCAGCAGGGCUACGCAGACACUGCACAGGCCCAGUAUCCGGCCUAGCUCAGCCCUCAGCCACUAACACAGGGAGAAAAGAAGAUUCCCCACACAUCAGCUGUGCAUAAGAGCCAUGAGGACAGCCAGGAAGGGCAGCGUGGAGAUGCCUGCCUUUGUGCGGCAGCUGGUGAAAGAGACAGAGAAGAGGGUCAGCUCUUUCUUCAAGGGGAGCCGUGGAGGAACAGCAGAGGGAGAGCAACCAGGGGAGGGGGAGAAGGAGGAGGUCAUCCCCAGCCCCUACCUGGAUCGGCCGGUCCUGGACAAGCUGACGGAGGAGGGCUGCGCCCGCUGGGGCCUCACCUACGCCCUGGGAAGCAUGCAGGGCUGGAGGGCCAACAUGGAGGACUUUCACAACUGUGUGCCACAGCUGGGUGGAGAGCUGGCCGAUUGGAGCUUCUUCGCUGUGUUUGAUGGUCACGCAGGCAGCACAGUGGCACAGCACUGCUCCCAGCACCUUCUGGGUCACAUCCUAGCCACAGGUGGAAUAGGGCCAGAGGACGACCCUCAAAGGGUGAAAUGUGCCAUCACUGAAGGCUUCCUGCAAACAGACAAGCACUUGCACUCUGUGGCACGUCGAGAAGGCUGGGAGAGAGGCGGCACCACUGUGGUGGCCACUCUCAUCUCACCGUAUUACAUCUACUUCGCCAACUGUGGUGACUCAAGGGCCAUGCUGUGCCGGUCUGGCCAGGUUUGCUUUUCCACUGAAGACCACAAACCUUACAACCCUCUUGAGAAAGAGCGAAUUGAGAGCGCAGGCGGCUCUGUGUCCCUCCAACGGAUCAACGGCUCCCUGGCAGUCUCCCGUGCUAUGGGGGACUUCAGCUACAAGGGGGCAGAGAACCGGACGCCCAGCCAACAGAUGGUAUCACCAGAGCCAGAGGUGUGUGUGGUGGAGCGCUCACCAGCAGAUGAGUUCCUGGUGCUCGCCUGCGACGGGGUGUGGGACACCAUCAGCAACGAGGAGCUGUGUGCCUUCAUCCACAACCGGCUGUGUGUCUGCACUGACCUGAGGGACGUCUGCACUCAAGUCAUUGACCUCUGUCUCUAUAAGGGCAGCUUGGACAACAUCAGCAUCAUCCUGCUGUGCUUCCCUGGAGCCCCCCAGCUGUCAGCAGAGGCAUUACACCAGGAGGCCAAGCUGGAGGACCUGCUGGAGUCCAAAGUAGCAGAAAUCUAUGAUGAGCUGUGUGCCAGAGGAGAGGAGCCUGACCUGCUGUCUGUCCUAACGGUCCUCGCAUCCACUGUCAUCCCUGGAUUACCACCAGGUGGAGGCAUACAGAGCAAAAGGAACUGCAUUAUUUCUGCGUACUAUCAACAAAGAGAGACACACAAGCCCACAGUACCAAAUGGCCUGGGAGGCUCCUGAGAAGCCCUACUGGAGUUUGUCUCCAAGGAUCCAUGGAGCGACUGUAACUACUGUCGAUAUUAAAACUGUUUUCUUCAUGUGUGCAAUUUGAUAAAAAGGGAGAUGAUGAACAGACAGGGGUGUUUGUUUACAUCAUGCUAACAAGUAGCAUCUUGUCACAACAAACACAAUGCAAAAAUAGAUCUAAUAAAGCCUGAUACAUUUAUAUUUAUAUAAGAAGGACAUUUUGUAAAACUUACUCAGAGACACCGACCCAGCAACAAACCUCUGCCUCAUAUUCAGUGAACAGAAAGUACAGAUGAUCAUUUCAAAUGAUGGCCUAUAAAACUGAAUAAUAACCAACUGUGAAAUUGUCCGUUUUCAUUUUUGGAUAGUAUAAGUAUAUGUAGGGUUGUAUUUUAAAGAUGAUGUUUUAAGAAUAGAUAUAAUAGAAUAAUAAUUUAAGGAAUUUUCCAUUUGCCUUUCAUCUUCAGGAAAAACAAAUUGUGAAACACUGUAUUUGUUACAACAGGAAAUGCUAAUAGCUGGUGGCUGAUGGGAGUGCACAAAUAUAUAUUUUUCUCUCAUGGUUGGAAGUGACAGGCAAAUAAACAUUGAUUAAGUAUUUUAUUCUGCUAAGUAAGUCUCAAUACGUACACACACACACACUCAUCAAGAAAAAAUAAAUUUCACAGAUUAUCUAAAAAAUUUUUGAAGAGGUGUUUACUUUUACAACUUUUUGUUUUUGUUGUUGUUGUUGUUGUUUUUGUUGUUGUUGUUGUUGUUGUUUUUGUUGUUUUAAACAUAUAGAGUAAAAUCCACUCUGCUGGAGUGUUGUUUGGAAAAUUAGUUCUUUGUUGAAAUAAAAGUUAGAUUAUUAACAGAAGAGCAUGUUGCAGUUUGAUGACCAGAAAUGGAAUAAAAGUAUCCAAAUAAACUAAGAUCUAUAUUUACUGACCAAUCAAAAUGUAUUUUACAUAAAUAAAUUCUACAUGUACA